CGGGGUGCGCCCGGAGACGGGCUGGGAGUCCGAGGAGGGCCCGGGAAGCCGUCGGCAGGUUCUCGGUAGCCCAGGCCCGGGUCCCGCCGGGUCAGACUCCUAGGCCGGCGGGAGGCGGGAGCGCCGUGUCGGACUUAGAUCUGAGUCUGCGCAAGGGUCGGGUCGGGGUCGGGGUCAGUGCCUGUGAACCCCCAGAAGGGGCCGGGUGGCACCGCGGCUGGUGUGAGGUUAGAGGAGACCUGCCCAGCACGGUGAGUGGCUUUCCUGCGUAGUGUGCUCUUAUACCAGUGCGGUAACCGGGGCCAGCGACUGUCCUGCCCAGGGAACAGUAGCCAGCACGUGAUGAAGCUCAGAUGGCGUUUGAUGCUAGGUCCUUCUGUGAGGACACUGUCCUCAGGUUUCCCCUGACUGUGGCUUUGAGCCCUUUCUCCAAACCUGGUUCCUUGUUACCUUCUGUAUCAAGUCUGGACGUCUUGGCCCUGUGUUCAAGACCCUCUGGCUUCUAGCCCCAGCUCUCCAGCCUCCCCUCUGCUCUAGUCUUCUGGCCAGGCAGCAUGUACAAACUGACCUUUGGUUCCCUCCUCACCUCCGUCCCUUUGACUGCGGGUCAGCCUCCCACCAGCAUUGCGCUCUGUCGCUCUGUCGGAGGCCGCCCUGAACAGGAGCUUUGCGCAUAUCUCUUGUUUGUAAAGAGGUACUGGACUGGCAUUGCACCCACUGCGGUGCAUGUGGGCUUACCUCUGCGGCUACAAGAGGUGCAGCUCUGGGAGUGGGCGUCACCCCAUGGGAGUGAGUUACACCCUCCUGUUUGUUGUAAUAUUACCCCUUGCCCUUUUUUGGAUGGAACAUUCCAUCAAAUGGCUCCCCUCAAUAAAUUGGGCUUUGGAACGUGCUCCAGCGCACUCUCUCUCUCUCUUGCCCCCCUUGUGAGAGCUUACAUCUGAAGGGGAGAAGCCGUCUGAAUUGCCCGAGAAAAAGGAGCUGGAGAACCAGUAUGCGCCCAGCAGAUGGGUCAUCCGAAUGGGAGCAGAGGAAGCCCUGAGGACCUAUAAGCAGAUAGGAAUUGAGGCCACUAGGAAAGCCCGUGACACCUGCAGGAGCCAGCUGCAUGUCCCCUAUGGAGAUGGUGACGGGGAGAAAAUGGACAUCUACUUUCCUGACCAGGCAUCUGAAGCCUUGCCUUUCUUCGUGUUUUUUCACGGAGGGUACUGGCAGAGUGGAAGUAAAGACGAAUCUGCCUUCAUGGUCAACCCCCUGACAGCACAGGGAGUGGCUGUGGUGAUAGUGGCAUAUGACAUUGCCCCCAAAGGUACCCUGGACCAGAUGGUAGACCAGGUGGCCCGCAGCGUUGCCUUUGUUGAGAAGCGGUAUCCAAGCAAUAAGGGAAUUUACCUGUGUGGACACUCUGCUGGGGCCCACCUGGCUGCCAUGGUCCUCCUGACCAACUGGACCAAGCAUGGAGUAACACCCAACCUUAGAGGCUUCUUCCUGGUGAGUGGGGUCUAUGACCUGCAGCCCCUCGUGUUCACCUCACAGAAUGCUCCUCUCCUCAUGACCCUGGAAGAUGCUCAGAGGAACAGCCCUCAGCGGCACCUGGAGGUGGCCCGGGCACAGCCUGUGGAUCCAGCCUGCCCUGUGCUGGUGGCUGUGGGUCAGCAUGACUCCCCCGAAUUCCACCGCCAGUCCAGGGAGUUUCAACAGGCACUGUGUCGCGGUGGUUGGAGAGCCUCCUUUGAAGAACUGCGUGAUGUGGACCACUUUGAAAUCAUUGAGAACCUAACCCAGAAGGACGAUGCACUCACCCAGAUCAUUCUGAAAACCAUCUUGCAGGAGUUCUGACCACAUCUGGCCCCACCCGCAGAGAGCCCCUGGAGCCAUGCUGUCUGCCUGCCCCAGCCCAUCCCUCCUCACUGCUGAUAACACUGGCAAAACCCUCCAUGUCCUCCAGCUACCCAACCUGCAUUAAACCCCAGGGAAGUCCCCAGGUCAGUGCUGAGAUACCCACAGCCACCUUUUGGCCAUGUCUGGCCCCUUUACUUACUGACAGGGUAUGACAAAAAUGACUUGCCUCUGGCUCACUGUUUUGUACACCUUGUGACAGUUGUGAGUAUCAAAUUGGGAUAACCGGGGCCAGGCGUGUGGCUUAGCCGUAGAGCACCUGCCUGGCAUGGAUGGGCAAGACCCUGGGUCCCACCCCCAGCACUUCACAAACAGAAACCAGAGUCACUAGGAAGGAACCCUCCCACACAUAUGCCUCCAAGGCCACUGUGAGGAAUCUCUCAAACUGCAUCCUGCACAGGACACCUGUGACAUGUGCCCACCACUGAGCAACCUAGCUCCUACAACAAGCCCUGUGGCCUGGGUGCCUCUUUGAGAACAGUCUAUGCAGACCCGUCCUUUCUUACUUUUAAAUGCCCCCUCACCUGAUUCAUCUCCAAAUCUUAAGAUGUGACCUGAAAAGUAGCCUCGACCAGAACCACUGGUGCCAAGAUGGAGUGGUUUCUCUCGCCACUGCUUAUUCACUGGACUUUGCUGCAGAAUUAAGAAAUUUCUUGGGGCUGGGGAUAUAGCUUGGUUGAUAGAGCGCUUGCCUCACAUGCACAAGGCCCUGGGUUCAAUACCCAGCAACACACACACACACACACACACAAAUUUCUAAAGCAAAAACAUAACCUACAAUGAAAACAGCUUUUGCUUAAAGAUGACAAUAAAAUGUUGCAAUUUUAAAAAAUGCCUCCCUUCAACCUCUUCAGAUGCACCUAGGGUCUACCACAGCAUGUGUCUGGGAUUGUAAUCCCUGUCUGUUCCCAAAUAAACUCUGAAAAAAUA